GCCCGGCUCCCCCAAAGGCGGUAGCAGAGGCGGCGGCAGCGGCGGCGACAUGAGCAGCGGGGCGGCGUCCGGGACUGGGCGGGGGCGGCCCCGGGGCGGGGGACCGGGACCCGGGGACCCCCCGCCCAGCGAGACACACAAGCUGGUGGUCGUGGGCGGCGGAGGCGUGGGCAAGAGCGCGCUGACCAUCCAGUUCAUCCAGUCCUACUUUGUGUCCGACUACGACCCCACCAUUGAGGACUCCUACACGAAGAUCUGCACGGUGGAUGGCAUUCCUGCCCGGCUGGAUAUCCUGGACACAGCAGGCCAGGAGGAGUUUGGGGCCAUGCGGGAGCAGUACAUGCGUGCUGGCCAUGGUUUCCUGCUUGUGUUCGCCAUUAACGACCGCCAGAGUUUCAACGAGGUGAGCAAGUUGUUCACACAGAUCCUCCGGGUUAAGGACCGUGAUGAUUUCCCAGUGGUGCUGGUUGGAAACAAGGCAGAUUUGGAGUCACAGCGCCAGGUCCUCAGAUCGGAAGCACUGACCUUCAGCGCUACCAACCACGUGGCCUACUUCGAGGCCUCCGCCAAACUGCGACUCAACGUGGAUGAGGCCUUUGAGCAGCUGGUGCGGGCUGUCCGAAAAUACCAGGAGCAAGAGCUGCCCCCCAGUCCCCCCAGCGCCCCCAGGAAGAAGAAUGGAGGCUGCCCCUGUGUCCUGCUCUAGCCAAGCAAGAAGCUAUGAGCACCAGUCCUUGGGACCAGCUGCAACACCUCUUGUGUGGCCUGAGGCCCUGACUGAGCCUCAGUUUCUUCCUCUGGAUCUCCCCAGGGUACACUACACCCCCUGCCCAUAUUACGUCUUUUAUCACCACAGUGUGCCUUCUGCCAAUGCUUUCCAUCCCCACCCAAGUCCCUGGCGGGGUGUGGGGCUUCUAGCCACCGCUGUAUAUAUACAUAUAUAUCUAUAUAUCUUCGCCUU